CUGAACUCUGUUUACAACUAAUUUAGAGGAUCAUGACUAUCAACGGCGCAAGAUAACCUCAGAUUUGCUGCGUGAUCUAUUUAUAAGGCGGGCGAUUUGUAGGUUAUGGGAUGACGACCGCACAAUGUCCGACGACUCGUCGGAUCACAUUCCCCCGGCGACGAACGUCGGGCGGCUGCUUAAAAGAAAUGCUACCUUGAUCCUCCCACAAACUGGAGAACGCGUUCGAAGGUCCUUUACUCUCCGCAUCCCGAGACAUGUUGCGAAUGAAGACGGUGCCACUACCCCCCUCCUGCGGCGUCGGAGGUCCACCGGGGAGAGAUGUGGCGCUGCAAGAGCUGCAUGGAAGUCUGUCAAAGCAGGCAUAAGACUCUUUACCGGGGUUGUUAUGUCGAAGACGAGCCAGAGCGUUUUGAAAUGUAGCUUUGCAUAUCUUUUGGGAAGCAUGGCGACAUUCGUCCCACAAAUUGCUGCCUUCCUGGGUAAGCAAGAUGGAAAGCAUAUGGUCGCUACUGUGACAGUCUACUUUCAUCCUGCGCGCUCCCAGGGAAGCAUGCACGAAGCCACACUGUUGGCGCUGCUUGCCUUUCUGUACGCCGCCUUUAUUUCGGUCACCAGCAUGGGCGUCUCUAUAUUUUUCGAUGAUCGUGGCCUCCAAGCUUUGGGCCAUGCUAUCGUCUUAAUAGUCUUCUGCGGAGGUGGGCUUGGGCUUGUUGGAUGGGUCAAACUGAAGCUUGGGAAUCCCCUCGUGAACGUUGCUUGCUCAUUGACGUCUCUGGCGAUUAUAACUAUCCUUACGAAAGAAGGUGCUGUGCAAACAUCUACCUUCUCCGACGAUAAGAUCACACAAGUCUUAAAAAUGGUAGUGAUGGGCAUGUUCGCUACCACUGCAGUAUGCCUCAUUUUCAAUCCUAUUUCUGCGAGAAAAGGGCUUCGAGAAAACAUGAUCAAAGCGACUGAUUCCCUCGGCGAUAUGCUUUCGAUGAUUGCACGCAGCUUCCUUGUGGGUUUGGAACAAGAGCUCCGACAACCCGCUUUCAUUGCGGCCUCUAGCCAAUACAACUCGGUUUUUACCUCCAUGAAAAAGAAUCUUAGAGAAGCAAAAUUUGAACAUUAUGCCUUGGGCACCGAAGCCCAGUAUCACAUCGAAGCCAGGCUUGUCAAUUGUAUGCAACGUCUCGCACAAAACAUUGGUGGUCUUCGAAGCGCAGCUACCAUGCAAUUUACGUUGCUCGCUCAAUCAUGGUCAGGCGGAACGACGAACCCUACCUAUGCCUCGUCGAUGCUUUCUGGAUUCCAUGACCAGCGAGAGGAAAGUGCUGGAACCUUGAGCGUGAUUGAAGAAGCACCCGAAGACGGUGAUCUUUUCAAUAUGACUCAACCUAGCUCUAUGGGACAAUCAGUCGCUAGUUUACCACCAAUAACACCGGCGGAUAUUUUCUCUAGGUUUAUUUUACAUCUUGGCCCAUCAAUGAAAUCUUUGACAUAUACGCUAAAGCAAAUCCUUGAUGAACUCCCCUACGGACCUGGACCAACUUAUGCGAUUGCCAUCAAUCCCAAUUUUCGAUCAAGUUUAUCCGAGGCUAUGGAAUUAUAUGCGACAGCCAGAAAUGAAGCGCUUGCAUUGCUAUAUGGCCACAAUGACCUUAGCAAACAUCGGCCUGCCGAGAUCGAGGCGGACUUUGAAGAAGUUGCUGCUAGCUGUGGACAUUUCAGCUCCUGCCUGCAAGAUUUUGCUGAAGAUAUGAAAGUCUUCUUGGAGAUCUUGGAAGAACUCAAACUCAAUCUUGAUCGUCGGCCCAGGCGUCGGUCGUGGAGAUGGCUUUUGUUUUGGCGGAGCCGCUCAUGGAGGCACCUUGGUAACGAAGAAGAUCCGGAACGCGACAUCUCGAUACAUUCAAGCAUUGACAGAGACGUGUUGCAUUCAAAUGCUGAAGGGUUACGACAACGUGUAAGUCUUGACAAUAACAACCAACUGGGGAGAUAUAAAUACCGAUACACGUUAUGGAAAUUGCUUCGCGGUUUCCGCAGGGAGGAUGUCAAAUUUGCCAUCAAGGUCGGAGUCGGCGCCGCUUUGUAUGCUCUUCCUUCAUUUCUCCCCUCAACCAGGCCAUUUUAUUCUCACUGGCGUGGAGAAUGGGGACUGUUAUCUUACAUGCUUGUAUGCUCUAUGACCAUAGGCGCGUCCAACACCACAGGUUUUCAACGGUUUUUGGGCACGUGCUUAGGUGCGAUUGGAGCCAUUUCCGCUUGGUACAUUUCUCAAGGGAACCCCAUUGCGCUCGCAGCGCUAGGCUGGCUCAUGUCGCUUGCCUGUUUCUACAUCAUUAUCGGCAAAGGGAAAGGGCCCAUGGGCAGAUUUAUCCUUUUAACCUAUAAUCUUUCAGCCUUGUAUGCCUACUCGCUUUCAGUCAAGGACGACGAAGAUGAUGAGGACGAGGGAGGCACUCACCCUUGGAUAGCCGAAAUCGCGCUCCAUCGUGUUGUCGCUGUCAUGUCAGGUUGUCUCUGGGGCAUGAUUGUCACUCGACUCAUUUGGCCGAUUAGUGCUCGAAAGAAACUCAAAGACGGACUAAGUGUGUUGUGGCUUCGUAUGGGGCUACUCUGGAAGCGCGACCCAUUUUCAAUGCUGCUUGAAAGAGGUUCCCUUACCCCUUAUAUGAAUGCAUGGGAAGAAUUGCAAAUGCAACAAUCCAUUUCGCGCCUAGAUGGGCUUCGGCAGGCAGCCUGUCACGAGUAUGGGCUCAAGAGACCUUUUCCAAACACCAUAUACGAUUCAAUUAUUAAGAGCACAGGUCGCAUGCUCGAUGCUUUCCAUGCCAUUAACGUCGUCAUCAUGAAAGAUCUUAAAGCGUCUGAAGGUGAAGUUGCCAUUUUACGGCACACGUCACGGGAGCGAGCACAACUUUGCGCUCGAAUCACUCAUCUGUUUCAAGUUUUGGCCUCAUCCGUGAAACUCGAGUACCCCAUCAAUGACGCGCUGCCGAAUACUGAAAACGCCAGAGACCGGCUUCUUACGAAGAUCUUUGACUAUCGGCGCACGUCUGCUGAAGCGCCAGGCGUCAGUGACGAAGAUUUCGCGCUUCUUUACGCUUACGCCCUCGUUACUGGACAGAUCUCUCAUGAAAUAGCCUCAGUGAGCAAGGACAUUGAGAAAUUGUUCGGUGUCCUCAAUGAAGACGCAUUGAAACUGGCAUAAGUUCUGGCUGGAGGUUCAUCUAAUAGACAAGGUAGAUUAAAUGUACAUACGAACAAG